UGAGUCUGCAGCUGUGAAAAAAAUUACCAUGGCUGCAGAAUUUAGGAGUGGUUUCAACUACAGAAACAUUAUAACUUAAAAAAAAAAACGGGGCUUUUCACAGGUAACAGUCUCUGAUAAUCAGAGAUGUAACGCUACUUAGGAUAGCUAAUGUACCUAACUUUUUAAGUUAGAGUUAGGAUUACACUUUUGAGUUACAGAUAGGAUUACACUGUGAGAGUACAGGGUCAACUUUAAAGGAGGCCUGACAACUUUGUGUUUGUUUAAAAGUGAAGAGUGUGGAGCCAUAAGUGGUUAAGCAUUCCAGACACCCAAGGGAGGUCUGACUCUGUUUUUGUUGUUAUGAUGUUAACACGUCCCCCACAUAGGCACAAGGGAGCUGUUGCCUGCAGAUGUGGUGCAUUGCACCUUUAAGUGGACAUGCUUAUUUUCUAUUUGGGGACUUGAUGGCUACUAUUACAGAGCAACUGUCUACACCCCUCUUAAACACUGAAGGACACAAUGAAGGACUACUCACUCAAGAACUCAUAACCGUUCCCCUAACAUUGGUAAUGUGUAAGAACUGUAGACUUUCACUUGUCAUACGCCAAUUGAGAGGGCACUUGCCAGCUUUGCUUGCCAGGUAUGCAUUUUGUGGUUAAAGGUCACCAGUUGAAAGGUGAAAAUUGCUCUUUCUCUUUUUCCAGCACAGCAGGGAAUGAUUAUUCUCCCAUUAAGGGCUAUUUUGGCUGGGGUGUACGUGCACCACAUGGGUAAGACUGCGCACAGUGCCUUGAGGGUGUUCAUCAGGAUGGAUCACUUAUCGCCACAUCUAAGCAGCGUGCUCAAAACUCAUUGGACUAAAAUAAGAGGCUCAUAUGUUGAGUGUCUGUGGGAAGUCACGGGUUAGGGCUGCCCUUUUUGUGGGAGCUGUGGAUUGGAUUGAGAUGAAGCAAGGUCGAGCGGGUUUAUUGUUUUCACCAGUGAAUGAAAAGCUGUUCAUCUCUUAAGGCCUGUUUGUCAGAGGACAAACUGCAGGAGUAAUGUGGGAAAGAGGGCACUCGCAGAAAGGCUGUUUGUCAGGGGAUAUUAUUUGUCGGGGUAGACAGGGUUAGAGGGUGAGGGAAAGGUCUUGAAAGAUAAACAUGGCACCAUUGCUGAAAUAAUAAAGAGUCUGUCUUAGUUAGUCUGUAGGACCCUGGACCUCUGCCUGCUAUGCCAGGUUAGAUCUUUAUUUGUUCUGAACGUAAACAUCCGUCUCAUCUAAACCCCCACCACUACGUCUGACUGGAGACAGCCCAGGGGGCUUAUGUCAUACUCCCAGAUUCCCGGGGGCCAUUUAGGGGCAGACAGUGAACGCAGCAUGAUGUGGUGAGUUUCUGGUCGCGUGAAAAAAAGUGCAUCAGGAAAUCUCUGAACUAUUUAUAGCUUUCUCUCCUGUCAACAUUUACCUAAUGAGGAAACAUUUAUCCAUGCUGCUAUUACUUGUAAAAAGUUCCCUAUUUGGAUUUGGAUGCUGGCUCAAGCCCUUAUGCAACUUGGAGGUGCGUAGAAGGAAGUUUUUUUUCUGGAAUUAACAAAACUUAAUGCAAUCUAGAAGUUAAUUGUAAGUUUAGACACUUCACCAAGUUAUGAAUGACGUUACAUCCUUGCUGACUUGUUUGAACCUCUUGUACUGUUCCUAAUGAGACAGAGAAAGUGGCAUGCCUCCUCAGAGAGAGUGAAAGACUAGCAGUGAAGUGUUAAUUCUCUGUCCUCUUCUAACACAUUCAGUAGUUUUAUUUCUCUCUUAGCCUUGGCUGAUUCCCCCCACCUUUUUGUUUUACCUGUUAGGCCUGAGGUCUCCCUUCAAGGUCUGCGUUUAUCUGUGCAUGCUUUCACUUUUGAGUUGUAUCUUGCCAGCAUCUGUCCCACAUAAUCAUCUGUUUGUUGUGUUUAAAUGGGAGAAUUCAGGCCCUGACUGCCUGGAUCUGUGCAAAGCCUGCCGAUUAGAGAAACAAGGAAGUUUAUCAGCGCAUCUGAAGAAGUGAUCCAUUGCGGCUUUUUCUUUUAAUAACCAUCAGAUUGGCUGUUGUAGCAUCUGUCUUCAAUUAAGGGGCAAGUUGCAGAUUCCCAUGCGGGGCGGUUCAUGCUGCGGGUAAUGCAGUCAUCAGCUGUGGGAACCAAAUGUUGUCCAUUUGUGUGAAAUAGCUGCUAGUUCAUGCACAGGUGGUCAGCUUGGCAUGAAUGUUCGGCUGUUACUCUGUGUUUUCUUUAGGAUCUGAGAUCUGGCCGUGCCCCCUCCCUAGGAAAACAAGGAUUUUGAAUCACCAUAUGUCAGCAAACAGGAGAGGAAAGUUAAUGAGUUAUGAUUGUCCAGUUCUUACCAGAUGUGUUAAGAUUAUGGCAAUGCUGCGUCACCGAAUCCUGCUGACAUUUUAAAAUAUUUCACUUUCUCCACUUAAUCUAUUUUCUACGCCUUUCGAUAAGACAUUGUAUAAAGCUUUGUAAGACUCAGACAUCAGUAGUAUAUCACGGUCUUGAGCCUAUUAUUCCAAGUCUAGUCCCUCACUGAUGAAAGAGAGGUUACCAUAGUUUUGGUCUGGUCAUUAAGUGGGGUUAGCUUAGAGGUCAUGGUGGGUGGGAUUACCAGAGGAUUUUAUUGGUUCACUGUUUCACAAACACAAGUUCAAAAGCUGACCCUCGACAUGUAUAGAAAUGUAUACUUCUCCUGCAGCUUACACAAACUUACCCACUACUUGAAAAUCAAUUGGCCAAGUCCUGUCAAAGGCUGUCUGUGAAGGCUUCAAUGAGCAAAGAAUGUCAUUAUAGCUGUGCUGCAAAGACUGAGCACAAUCUGUGUGUAUCAGGAAUUUUACUCUCUUUGCUCUAAAUAUCAACGAAAGUUGAGGACCAGGCAAAAGAGGUAAAAAUGAAGACUUUGGAUAAUGGGGUAUAAAGUAAGUUGACCAGAUUUCUGUAAUGAAAUCCGGGGGAUCACAGACAACAUCUCAGUACUAUUUAGUAGCAGCGCACACCCCUUGUAAUAACCCCCGUAAAAACUGUUGUUCAAGACAGGACUGCUUACUUGUGCUUCCUACCAAUUCGGCCACUGUAUUAACCAUUGCUCUAGCCUACAAGCAACAUUUUUGUUCUCAUUCAUGAAACGCUUAAAUCGGGGACAGCUUUCGCCGGGGACAGGUCAUCCAAUUUGGGGAAUGUCCCCAGAAAUCGGGGACGUCUGGUCACCGUAUUAUAAAGUCAUUUAUCAUCAUUUAUCAUAUAUAAUGAGCAUGUUAAGAGGUAAAAAAUAAGCAUAAGUUUUGUUAUGUCCAAGUUUGUGGGUCUCUAUAUUUUAAAUCAAAUGCCUCAUCUGUACCUUCAGACUACAGUUGUCCAAAAAUGAUCCGAUUGAGGUUUUGAAGGAUUAUAAUGUGUCAGCAAUCUUGCAAUCUGAGAGAUCGUUGUACUGGCGCAUUCUGCAGUUACAGUUGUACGUUCAUACACAGUCAUGUUGGCAUUAUUAAUGCAUGUGACAUCUACCACGCUGAAUAUAUCCUCUGUAUUGUUAAGCUGUGCAGGCUGAGUAUGAUAACACUACAUUUGGUUGUCACAGACAUGAGUUGGGUUGGGUUGGGUUGCUGCAGGGCUCCUAGAGUGAAGCAGUGAUCUUAAUAUGUGGAUCCAGCUCUUUGGUUUCCCUCCCUGCAUUCCUGCACAUCUUAAUUGGCGAACCUCCUGCCACUGGGCUUGGGUUUGGCUUCGCCUGGCCUGGCUGUCAGCUCGGCACUGUGGCCAGCAAGUGCACUAGGAACAAUGCCCAUGCUAAUCCCUGAAGAAUUCCCGUCCCUCUGAUCUUGCUGGCCCAAGAAUGCGACGUUUAAAAGGCCGGAGGCUCACCAGGAAUCACAGGGAGACAAGUUCUCAUGCACAGUCUUCCAUUAAUUUGUUUUAAAGAGCCACAGAAGCGAUGAUGUGAGAAACCUUGCAGGGCUAGAGCUCCAAGGGGACGCAAUCCAUCAUUAACAGAGCAGCAGCCUGGCAAGAGAGGGAAUAAUACAUGGCACUAGUGAACCUUUAAUGUCACUGUACGAUUACAUUCGUUAUAAAAGGUUUGUUUUCUUGUGACAUGGAUUGAUAAAUGCAAAUGUACCUAUUUUACUAGUAUAGUCCUUCACAUUUAUAGUGGUGAUGUCCUUUUCAUAAGACAAUUUGAGUUAACGUGUUUCAAGUAAAAAUGAUUGUAAAUGCUUAAUUGAUUUUAAAUGACCUUUAAAAUGGUUCCAUCAUGAUAUCUACUUUGUAGCUGCUCCGGUUCAGGUUAAAUUUGAUAGUCCUGUUUAUUACACCUCUCUACUCAUUAGCAUCAGUUCACACCACUUUUGCUUCACUGUGCAUACCUUCACCCUCAGCUCUGCAGUAUACUAACAAGUGGCUUGAAUGAGCCUAAGCAGAGCAGUGACCAGCAGCGGGGAAUGGGAAGAAUUUCCUUUUUAUAUAAGACCUGAAUAGAGUCUGCCCUCCCUGCCAGUAAAGGAAGCAUAGCUCACUUAACAGAGGAAUGGUAAAAAGCCUGACAAAAAGCAAAGACACAAAAGAUUUUUGAGUGAGGGCUCACUGAUUAUGAUUAACAUUUCCGGAGUGUAUGUACUGUAAGCUUUUAGAUCAAGUUCUUGGAUAUUUGUGUGACCCCUCUUGUUUUGUUUGUCAGCUCCAGAGGCCCGAGUGCCAUGCCAGAGGGGUCCCAUUCUGUUCUCCACCAGGGCUCAAUGGGGGAAGGUAAGAUCAGUUCAGUUACACCCAUUCUAACCUGUGCUCAGGUUAUUGCUGCCCAUCAAUCAGUAUCCAGUCUCAAAUAAGUCAGCGUAUUCCUAAUGGUAUAUCUGGUUACUCAGACUAUUUUGCUAACAUAGCACAGAAGUCCAGCAGAGGUACAUGGAAAAAAUGCUUGAAAUGGAAGAAAAGAGGAAAUGUCGAGGCUCUGAGAGGCAGGUCUGAGAGCAAUGAACUCCCCUCCUACAGGCCAGACUGGCAGAGAGGCUCUUUGUGUGGCUGUGGAGCUCAGCCAACCCCUUUCAUACAGCUGAAACUCCCUGAGCACUCACACAUCAAACCAGAAAGUGUCAGAAUCACAGACAGCCAAGAUAGCUGGUCCAGCCAGCGGUGCUGACCUUGUAUGCUGGAGGCAACUCAAAUUACAUAUUAUUUUAGUGUUCAUUAUCUUAAGACACACAGCCACAGCACUGACACAGGGCUCCUUUGUAUCUGUUUGCAUGCUCUGUCCCUCACCCCUCCUCCUUCGCCCCUGCGCCUCCUCUCCUCUCUACUGAACACAUUUGGCUCUGGGCUUCUACUUUGGCUGAAGAAUACCAGUGUGUGAAUGGUUCCCUUUUUCCUCUACGCCUGUCUGCUUAGUUCAGCUUUGGCCAGGGGAGGCUUUUGGCUGGGGGAGACGUGUGCCGCCCUCAUGAAAAAUUGCAUCUCUAUUUCCUCAAAAGGCCACUCAGCUCUGACGACAUGAUCUCAUAACUCAUUUUCAAGCUCUGAUGUCUGGAGCAAAAUCACCUUGGCGUGACAGAACCCCCACUUUCAGUUGAAACAUUUUCAGACUGAUCUUGUCAUGGACCAGUUUGAGUUAAAGUGUGACCAAUCUGUCCCCCCUGCUGUGGAUGGAUGGAUGGUAAUUAAGGGGGCAGGUCUGCUUGUAAUCUGUGUUAGCCGAUGAUUGGAUGUGGUUAACAGGCAGAAGGAAUGCACAUGGUGAAGGGAAGCCCCCUAGCCUGGUGAAGGUAAACAAUAAAAAGCUUGUGGUGAAUACCCAAUGCCAAUUCCCCUAAAGGAUCCGAUACUUUGAAGCUUAAAAAUGGCGUAAAAAGGAAACAUUUGGACUCUGAUCCAAGAUACACCAACUUGUUCAUUGUCAGGUGUUUACAUUGAUGCCAUUAAAUCCUCCUUUUUCAAUUUUAAUUUGAUGGUUUAAGCCUACACAAACCCCUCAAAACUCCCAUCAUUGUUACAGUUGAUUGACUAAACAUGGAAUAAUAAUGUUGCUUUAUAAAUUUAGUUUUCAGUGACUUUGAUAUAAUUUGUUAAAAUUAUGGAACGAGCUACCCCUCCGAAUCAGUCAAGCCCCCACACUGUCCAUUUUUAAAACUUGUCUUAAAACCCAUUUUUGUUCAUUGGCUUUCAACCCUGCAUGAGCCUCGGCUCCUGUUUUUGUGUUUUAUGUUUUGUUUUGUUUUUUGUUACUCGUUUCUAUUGUUUUUAAAUUAGUUUUUAAAAACAUUGAAACUAUAUCUCACUUUUUAAUAUCUGCCUUUAUUUUAUCCAUUGUUUAAAUUGUUUUUUUUUUAAAUUCUUUUUAAUGUCUGCGUUGUUUUGUCUAUUUAUGUACAGCACUUUGUUCAGCUGUGGUUGUUUUAAAGUGCUUUACAAAUAAAGUUGAGUUGAGUUAAAAACACACCCGUUGCCUGAAAAAGGCCAACAAACCAUUUUAAUGCACAUACAUAUUUAACGCAUGCAUCCAUACUCAAAUACUUGACGUAUUAGAUUGAGACCUGGAAACGCCAGUUAUCAUACAAUCACAUAAUUUAGCCAAUCAGAUGAAGCCACAGCUCACUGUCAACUCCUGUUAGAGUAAGUGGUGUCAAUUUGGUGACUGUGAGAUUAGUGAGGAUGAGGAUACUGUGGCUGAUGAAGGCCUUUGUGCUAAAAAUAAUGAUCACUAUGAUGUGUUACACUAACAGGCCGUAUCCUGUGUGUGGUAAUAACCUAUGCACCUCUUGUUAAAUAUAUCUCGUUAAAGUGUUGGUGCAUGUCCAGCCUGUCAGGCCGACUGUCCUUAGGCAGCAUGAAGCGUCUCUUUUAAAGAUAAGGGUUCCCUGUGACCUACUUCACCCCAGGCAGGAAUGUAGCUGUGUGUGCAGAUCGUACAGCUUUAAAGGGGUUCUGGAGGGGGGCGGACGGAUCAUCUCCAUUCACUGCAGCUUUUCCAGACCAGUGGGCAUAGGCUUGUGGACAUAGAUAUAUAAUGGCAGGGAUGGCUGGCUGCGUCUCUGAGUGGGAGCUCUUGAACUAGAACUAUUUUUCUGCCUAAUUGCCUGUGGUGUUAAUCAUAGUCAGCCUCAGGUGUGCCUGCAGCAACUCCCGUUCUAGUUUUAAGUCAUGCUCUGGCACUCACUAAAACUCCCAACAGCCCUAUUAUCCUGUGUAUCCGAAACAUCUUACUGGUCUUUAAGAUUACAUAAAUCACUAUAUAACGGAGCCACUAUUGUCAUAGAAUUCCUCAUUCACUGUAAUUCAUUUCAUUGUUUGGGUCCUCUCAAAGGAUUUCUUUUCAAUGUAAAUGAUUUUACUGCCUCUUCCAAAGGCAUUCCUCCUAUAGAGCUCUUCUGCUGAAUUACCCACAUUAGUUACAGGCUCUCUGCUAAUGGCGCUCCUGUUGCAUGGCCUCUCAGAAACUCAUUUAAGUUGGUAAAACUCUUCCUUCAUAGCACCUCACAUUCAGUCGGUGUUUUGUAAUCAGGCACUCAUUGUAUCGGGAUUUAAGAUAUUUAGAUAGCAGUGCAGACUUGAGUGAGUAUAUCUCACAGAACAAGGGUUGAUGUAGUUAGUGAUUGUCUUGUUAUUUAUUGUAACCUGAAAAAAAAAUACAUAUCUGUAAGAGAAAUGAAGUUUUCAUUUAAUCAUUGUGUGCACAGAGCUUCUUCUUCAGGCCUGAAUCAACAGUAAAAACAUGACUGCAUCUUUUAUAGUCUCGAUGACAUUAACAUGUUGAUGUGAGGUAAAUGAAGGUUCUUCAAUGACCGUCUCCUCAACACACUUCACACAGCUGUGCUGCUGCCUCUAGCCUGUGUGGACUCUGCACAGAGGUGCUAACAGGACAACAGUUUGGCUGGAGACUGUCAAAUUGGUGGUAAAGUUUACAAUGGACUCACACCUCAGGGCCCAGAUGGUGUGUGCUGUAUGGAGAAAACGUGAAUAGACCCAAAGCUGUCUCUGUGUGUAGGUGCCUGAAGGGCCCUUGUAGAGGGGGGGUUGAUGGAGGAGUUUCCUAAGUGGAUCAUCACAUGCCUAUGCACUGAGGUUAGCUGGCACUGCUGGAUCCUUUUUGAGCCAGGGUCGAACACAAGGGAGGUUCACAGGAUUAAAUUUGAGCCUUUUCAGGAGUUUUGUCCUUUUGGUACUUUGAGAAUCCGGCUCUCUGACACAUGUCACUCUCUUGAGACGUUCAAGUGAUUUCAUCUUACUCCAAUUCUGUCCAUAAAUGUGUUACUUAUAUCAAAAUAAACAUCUGUAGAUUGAUUCUCUCAGCUUUUGCAGUAACAGGAUGAGUUUUUAAUCACAGGCGUUGAACCAUCUUUAAAUAUAUCACGGACAUUGCAGUAUUUCAAAUUGCACAUCAUUUUAGUGAAAUAUUGUCCACUCCACGACACAAAACAGUUUCACAUGUUAAACAGCAGAAUAUCCCCCAAACUUCCCAGCAUAGACUUUUGACCUUGACAGCUGGUGUGGAAUGCAGGUUCACUUUGUGUGUUUGUGUGUACUCAGCCUUUGCUGUCUGCUAACAUUUAUUUACUGACCUUCAGGCUAAUUAUUAACACAGCAUUAAAAGCAUCUCGUGAGGUCAAAGGCAGCUGUAAAUCAAACUUCCCUGUACAUAAGACUAUAUAAAGCUGAAAACCCCCCGAGUGACCUAAAUUCUUCCCUCCAUCAAAGGAUCAGAAAUCAGUCCAGGCCAUCGGUCUUAGUGUCUAAUCUCCAGUGUUCUGACUCAUGCUGUUUGAUAAUGGUCUGUGAAGACUUGAGGUCUAAUCCUUGGAGACACCCUUUAUACUUGCGCCUCCUGGCCCCCUGAGGGACAGCCAUUUACCGAUGCCAGGUGGGGAGGAGUUUUUCUCAAAGGGAUCAGCUCAAAACUAACUCACCAUCUCCCAACAGCCUCUGUGGGAUGAUUGCCUGUGGUUGUAGAGGGGUGUUAGUGAUGGAAGUUCAGAGUGGAUCUUAAGUUCAGAGUGGUUCAAAACACGAGUCCCUCUUCACUUCAGAGUAGAAAUAGGGUCAAACACACUCAGCACUGUUCUGUGAAAGAUUAGCGGUGGUCAAAAGAGUUAAUUUAAAGUUUUUUAAAUGUCUUUUGCUGGUGAAUGAACACACUAUUCAACCAAUUAGGAAAUGGGUGUUUGGAAUGCUUUUUACCACUCUUGAAUGUUGGGGGUGAAAGCUCCUUAAUGACCAGUGGGGAUCCCCACAAUACCGUAAAGAAAAACGGGUGAACAGAAGACAAGAAUUGUCAAGGACGAGAAACAAGGUAUGUUACAGCUGCCAAAUGGAUCUUAAAUCAUCACCUCUUGUAAAAAAAUCACUUUCGUCAUGAGGGGAUUGUGUAAAGAACUUGCCAAGACAUUACCAGGCACCAGGGAACAAGGAUCGAUCUUCGCUGAUGACACAACACGAUGAAACUAGGCCCUGGAAUUACCCUUAUUACAUAUUUUUAUCUUGGGUUGUUAUGCAGAGGCAAGCAGGUAUGAUCAAGUUAGUGUCUGGAGAAAUAUCACAACAUGAACUGAGCUGUGAUUCACUGUCCUCUGGAUUCAGAUUCAUUACCAUUUGAUAGAUGAGUCAGCGUGAAUCAAGCAGGAGCGGCUGUGUGUGCUGUUACUAACAGGGCAGGCAGAGGCUCGUUCUUUUCAGUGGGAUGUUCUGUCCACAGAGCUAUCACUCAUCCAGUCUGAUUGUUGCAGAUGCUCAGACAUUACUUAACCAAAGAAAGGCAAAUAUCAGGAGCCACUGGCCUCUGUUUUAUGUUUCCAUUAAAGAGAAAGAGUCAGUGAAGGGUGGCCAGAGCUCCUGCAGGUAUAGGAGAAAUAUUUGCAUACUGAACAUGAACACAGGCUGUGUUGUUUCUGUGUCUGAGCCCCUGAUUUGUUUAGGAAACAAAUUUUGACUGAAGAGCACAUUAGGAAAUGGAGUCCAAACUCAUGGUUAUAUUUUGUUUCAUAGGAAAAUGUCUAAUAAAGUGUGGGUCUUUGGAAAUUCACUUGAAACAGUCAGAAAGGUGUGUCUUUCCCAUAAACUGCUGUGGCGCACACUCACUGCUUAUCAUAUUGAACAUCUGGUCACAGUAGUUGGAUGAAUUAGACAUCAACUAGAACUUUGACACCUCACUCUGGUGGACAACUCACUUCACUGCUGUCCUCAAGGUAUGCAAGACUGUUGUAUUUGAAUGUGUACGAGUAAUAACAGAAUAUUUCUAAUGUAAUUUAUUCAUCUUGACUGGGAUUAUUAUUAUAAUCUGUUGUUGACGCUUGUACCGUUUUCCAUCAGGCACCAUCACUUUUAGAGCUGACUGACUUCUUACCCUUCUGUGUGUCUGUUUUGUUUCACAAUCCCCCUGAAGCAAAGUAGAGAUUUGUGCUAUGCAAGGCUCUGUGUUCAAACAUCUUCAACUGUCGUCUGAUGUUUGCGAAAAGAAAAGUUCACCUUCAUUGCUAGGAUUUGCAUGGUGCCUGGCUUGCAUGGAUGUGAAAUGUCGCUGAUGAGAAUAUGGGAGUUACAUUAACCAAAGGUUUCACAAUCAACAACAAACGUCAUAUCUGCAUGCUGUGACUUAUCUUCUUUCCAAAGCAGGUGGUAAUAUUUAGUUAGAAAGCACGCAGAGAUUGUUUUUGCGCAAUUUCAUUCCAUCAUAAAGGAAUGCUGUGUGCUCUAAACUCCAACAACUGCAGACAGAUACAGAUCAUCUCUUCGGCAAAUGUGUCUGCGGCCCUUUAAAAAGUUAAUAACCAGGUGCUAGAGUGUUCAUUUCAGUCAGUGUUUCUCUUCACCACCUCAUUACACGCUGCUCGUCGUCAUUCACGGAAACAUGAUGUCAGAGGCAGACAAGUCUUCAUUGUUGGCUGCAUGAUAAGCUCAGACUGAAAUGAGAACAAGUGCAGACUUUAUAAGUUGUAGACUGAUUAAUCAGCAAGCCCCUCAGCGAGUGACUGUCCUGUCUGCUUCAGCCCUGAAACAGACAGAAGCAUUUAACCUUGUCAUAUUUGUUGAACAUUCAUUGCAUACGUACACUGGUUUUAUCAGGAGUUUCAGACUAUUUCAGAAGCUAGUUUGUUUGACUUUUUCCUGGCAGCCGAAAUGACUCAACGCCAACUUUUACCUCUACAUGGUUAGCUUAUGCCAGCAAUGCGUUAAAACAAGCCACUGUCCAGGGGAUUUGGACUCAGGGAAGCAACAAAAGGGAGAAGGGAAGGUCAUGCUAGUAGCAUUAACACACCUUUGUCUGUAAAUGUGAACCUGGGCUUAACUGGCAGGAAACUGGAAUUCAAAGAAUUACAAUGAGGGGUUUUAAGUUAAGGAAUUCCAACCAUUUUCCUGUUAGCAAAAACAUUAGUUAUCUUCUCACACACUAGCUGCUUAUAUUAUAUAAUCCAUUAAGGAUCACACAGUCUCUAAGCCCUUUAUUAAGUGACUUGGUCCUGACUUUUUGGAAACUAAAUAGAUUUAGAAAACCUGCUUUGAGAUUUUGAGGUUAAGAGGCUGACUCUAAAGUAGUCCAAAUACUACACUAUCUCUGAAGCCUUGACUUGGUUAAUGGUUAUACAUGUGAGUUAAGAAUUGUGUGCAGUGCUGAAACAAAGGAGAGUGUGGUGUUUUGUUGAAGUGGUUUGUGAAAUUGAGGUGUGUGAAUGUGAAAAUCUAUGGCUUGGCUGAGAAAAAUAUUUCUGGGUGGACCUUAUACUUAGCUGUGCAGCCUUUCUGUGUAAGUUGUGAUUUAACAGGUGUGUCCAUCCAGCUGUUGAGUAAGAGGUGGGAGUUUUUUUGUUUGUUUAAAAGGUAAAAAUAUGCAGUUAGAAAAGUAUACUUCAGGAGUGUAAAAGCUGAAGAAAUCCUUUCCCCUAUGUUACCUCUACAACACCUGAAUACAGUGAAAGGAUUUCUUGUAUUAUUUAUUUAAGCAGCUGUAGACACUGUGAUAAAUGUGCCAUGAUUUGCGGUUGACAAACUUUUAAACCCCGAUGCACAGGUGGUAUGAAAAUCUGCUCAUUAUUGAGUAUUUCUCUUAUCUAUUAUUUGUCCAACAGGAAGUUUUGUGGAGCAACAGCUGAUUUUGAACUAGUUUCUAGACUCGUGUCCUUGUCACAGUGGUUUAUUUUGUAGACCUUUUCCCCUCUGUUAUUACCAAAACAUCACUGGUAUUUUGACUUUAAAACACGUAAUCCUGGAAACAAUUGUCAUCACAUUUCUCAUAUUUAACUGGACUCUGUUACUGAGAGGAAGAAUACUUGAAUGUGACAAAGCAUUUAGUGGCAUUAUUAUGUAGUAGUUUUUCUAUAGUUAACUACAAAAGCAGCAGUUUCUAACCCUUUAAACAUCAGUUAUUUUUAUACCAACAAAUGCACCAAACGGCUUACACAUAGAAAUGAACACCAUUGAAAUCAAACUAUUUCUAUAUGUUACAUGUUACUCUCUAAUACAACACAAUAAGCUGUCUUUAAAGCUACUGUGAGGACCCCUGAUGUGGUAAUCUUAUCUUUUUGCUCUGUAUGUUGUGUUCUCUGGAAGAAUAUUGUCUUGCUGUCUUUUUAACAUCUAAAAGGUCUGUGUAAAUAAGGCAACAUUGGCCUCUGUGCUAUGAUUGGUUAUUUCAAUAUAUAGAUGAAGUUAAUCUUACUGCUGACUGUCACGUUUGCUUUUGUAGAUCAUAUAGGGGUAUCGGCAUUAGUUUAAAGUCUAUUUCCCAACCAAAUCUAAGUUGAAACUUGUACAAAAGUUUCUGAAAAAGGCUAAAAUUGAUACCACACGCUUAACCGGCUCCACAUCUGAGAACAGAGUGGCAUAGUAAUAGCCAUGGCCUUGCCACUUGGCUGCAGAUCCUUCAGAGAUCAGUGAUAAAUGUUUACAGAUGUAGAGGAGACUCUAUGUCACUGAGCAAGACCAGACAUUCUCCUCCUGAGCUCAUGAUCAUGAGCAGGUUUGCCUUUUAUUUACCGUACCAAGAACAAUUGCGUCAUGACACAUGAAAAACAAUAACACAGAGGCAUGUUCUUCUCUGUUUGUGCAUGCAUGCAUAGAUGAGCAAUCACACUUUGUCUUUAUCCAGAGUGACAGACAGACUGGAAACGCUUUGCACAACAUCGCACGGGACCAGCACAGGCGCUUAUCUUAUCUUAAAGCUGCAUGUUGACCAGGUCAUUUGCAUUCCUCUGCACAGUCUGUUUCAGCAAAGUCACUGAGUGGUCCAUCUGUUUUGCUCCUGUAACGUGCAGUGUGUGGUAUCAGCCACCUGCGCUAAAGUGGACAAUCAAAGUCAAGUAUGUCCUUAAGUCUUCAGAUGUGCCAAGUAGUAUUUUUUAGCUGCGAUCACCUACUUUUUAGAAACAGUCCAGUCAUUCUGAUCUUGUUUUGGCCUGUGGGAUUUGCAUGAGGAGAUCCUGGAUCAGAUAUGUAAACAUCAUGUUAAAUUAUGCUCUUCCUCCCUCCCCCUUUGACUUGCCCUUGACUCAGUCUGCAGCUCAGCAGCUCAAUUGUUGUGGGAUAAUGGGUGUGAGGAACACAAGAAAGGAGUUUUAUCUGCCGGACACGCCAAAGCUCAAAAACCAAAUGUAAAGACAGAUGCGGCAGAGGAAGCAGAUGCCUCAUUGUAAUUUGUAGUGAGUGUAAUACCUCACUACUACACUCCCUUUAGCACCAUCAACCCUGUGAUUUGCCACCAAGCGUAAACAGUUUUCUGUAGCGGUCAACUCCUGCCUGCAAAAACUCAUCCGUUUCCCCCCCUUUGAGGUUUUGCUUGGGAACUGUGUCAUAUUGGUGCGGACUGUGGAGUGAGCCUCGCAGUGUGAGAGAGACUCUCAUGAGCUCAGCACUGACUCAUGGAAACUCUCAGGGUGCCAGAAAAUGUGUCUGUGUGUGUGUGCUUGAAUGUGAUUAUGUGGUGUGUAUUUACGAACAAACUGAAAGGCAGUUGAAAUCUCCAGAUGAAACCCAUCACCCAGCUGCAUGUCACUCUUUUUCAAGACUUCAUAAAUCACUAACUUUAGGCACUUCCCAUGCCUUCUCAUGUGAAAUGUGUCUCGUUCAACAAAAUAUAUCCCAAGGAGAGCUCUUAAAGGUUGUAUGUUCUCUAAUAAACUUUACACGGGAGAUAAGUCAAGUGAGUAUGCUUGUUAAUUCAGUGUUAGAUUGGUUACAGCCUCUGGCAGAUUGAUAAAACAGCCUUUCCUGACAACAUCAGGUUUGCAUUAUCAGCUGUUGGCUGUUGAAAACAAUGAUCUUAUGAUGAACACAUGUAGCUUACAAGCUUGUCAACAACAGUGGAAGAAAGUUUAAGUCAAGCUCUUGACAUGAGCUACAUCUGUGAGCUAUCUACACCAAAUUAUGCCCUCCAGUCCCAUAUGGCAGCAAUACUUGAGUCAUUUCACUGUUUGGCUUAAUGAUCCUUUUGCCUGGUAGAUUUGGAUUUAUGAGUCAGAGUCAAACUCCAUUACAGAGCCUCAUUUCUUUAACUGAGUGAAAUGGCUUUGACUCCCCUUGACCCCCAAAUGUUAAAGGAAAUGGAGACCUCUGCAUAGUGGCUCUUUUCUCACACCAGCAUGACUUCAUAUAUUUAGAAAACAUGUUUGAGGAAAAGUCCUCAUUCAGCCAGGAAGGAUGUGAAACUGAAUAUGGAUUCCAUCUUUCUGAGAUUCGUGUGUAGCUCAUAAAAGACAUAUAAACAAAGCUCCUGUUCCCCUUCCUUUCUCCUUUUUUUUCUCACAAGUUUUCCCCCUUUUUCUGUUUUUCCAAGCUUCAGCCUUCAGCAGUCAGGAGAAGGAGAGGAAAUGGCCGGAGUUUCCAUAAAAUAUGCAGUGUAGUAAUUUAGCCAUGUCAGUAAUGAUUUGAGUGCAGCCUUUUACUGUUAACCAUUCAGUCUGGGUGGAGAAUACACAGAUGCGACUUGUCUUCUCUUGAUGUCUGAAGAGUGGUCUGUUCAGUAUUGCUAGAAUUACAUUAAAUUGGAGUUAUCUCUUGACAGUGUUUUCAUGCAGUUUUAUUCGCUUUGACGUGGUCGGAGAAGUUAUGGAAAACAGCGUGAAAGAGCAUCUAAUUAGUAACAGCAGUUGUAACGCUGAACUUUCUGUUAAAGGAACAUUGUGUUGUUUUUAACGGCAUUAAGCAGAACAGACUUGGUCAAAAUGGACAUAAUUUUCAUAAAUGUGUUUCAGCAUAAAUGCUAAAGGUAUAAUAACCUGAAUAUGAAAAUCUCAGAGGCUGCCAUCUUGCAUCCCCAGGUUUUUUUUUUUUCAUCUCAGCACAAAAUCCACUGGCUAGUAAAAGAUGAGAGGGUGGUUGUUAUUGUGUACAGAAGAGUUUUUAUUGAUAGAUCAUAAAAAAUUUUGAUCAUAAAAAAACUAUAAGAUUAAACUCACUAUACAUCACAAUAGCUUUUUGUCCAAGGGGGGAACUGUCAAUUUGAGCAAGGGAGCAUUUCAGCCUAGGAUCUGACUGCCAGAUUUUGCUACAUAUUCCUACUUCUACACACUGUACCUUCAAGUGAUUUGACAAAAACAUCAGCUACUGGUGUAAAUGUGUAGCUGUUAGUUGUAAACACUUUCAUCUCUGCAGGUAAUUCAAACCCACAGCACAACUGCGGAAAUGUCACUAUAGACAGGCUUGUAGUUGAAGGCUAGUAUUAUGAUCAGUUGUUUGCUGAAAAAGAGAAGUUACAGUAAGUUCCCCACAGUUAAUUGAGGAAGUAAAUAAAUCAAAACAAUGAUAGGACCGGUGUUUUAUGGUAAUGCUGAAACCAAAACGUAUCACUUGAAAUGUAAAAUUCUGAACCUUGUAAUGUUGGUCGUAUUGUUAAACGUUGAAUCUAAAUCUAGUGUCUUCAUUCUAUACAUUAACCUUUUGUCUGUGUUUCUCCCAUCUUAUCCUAGAAUCUCCUCAGUUGUCCUCGCCCCUCUCCAAUGGUGAUCAUGACCCGCAACACAUUGAGUUGGGCCCAGACUGUUAUAGCCAGUUAUGUAUGGAACCACUGGAUGGAGAGGGCGAGCGUCCAGUGAGCCUGGUGUCUACCCUGUCCUCUGGUUCAUCCCGUGAUAGUCGCAGCCUUUUCGGAAGCACCGUAGCCCUUCCUUCCUCAACAACUCCACCCGUACAGAACGAGGAGGACAUCGAUUUGGAAUUGAGCCCGACUGGAAACACAGACGACCAGGCAGGGAGCCACAGUCCCACCUUUGACCGCCCAAGGGGCCGCUGGCAGGAACAGCUGGACCCCAGGGCGAUCGGCAACCAGUGGAACAACAACAACGCCGCAUCUGACAGGAAGGCAAGAGGUGAAAUACCACACAUCACUGCCUCGCCUGUCGUUACCAAUGCCAUGGCGCCAAACCCAAAGCUGACCUAUGUGGAUCGUGUUGUCAUGGAGAUCAUUGAGACUGAGCGCAUGUACGUCAAGGACCUGCGCAGCAUCGUGGAGGUGAGUGAGUGUCAGGGUUAUUCUGACUCUAGUUGAAUUUUCCGUUCCAGUUUUCACUCUCAGCCCAGUAUUCACCGUGAGCCAACACUUGACAUUAAAGAAAAGAGGUCUUCAGUUUUCUGUGCAUUUAAAGCACAUGUUUGACUUGGAGCAAUGAGUAGCAGUGACUUCAUGUCUGCAGAAGACGUUGGAGGUGAUUAACUGAAUUGGCGAACCGGGAGCCAAAAAAGGGGAAUUGGACUGAACGGCUGUUUAGAGCAAAUAAUGUCUACAGUGUUCAAAGCAGCUGUUUGUGGCUACAAACCAGCCUGGUGCUUAUUAAACAUCCAGUGGAAUUUUCUUUUCCUUUUCAUUACCAAACUUGAUUCUGAUUUCUAAACAGACCGGUCAGUUGACAAAAAUGCAGGCCUGACAUCUGGCAAAUGUGUGCUUUGUUUAUAUUCCUCUAGUUCAUUGAAAUGCAGGCUGUGGAGCAGUCCAUGAUCUGCUCAUGUUGUAUAUAAACCACUCUGUAUAUUUACAGUGCAGUGAAAGUUUACGGCCUGUAGCCUGGGAUUGGGAAUGCUCAUUUCUGGAGUUCAAACAGACACAGUGCAUGUCUUUCAUGGCAGGAAUCGGGGUCUUUCUGAUCCAAGACAAAGAGAGUCGAUGUGAAGCACGAGAAGUGGGCCAGGAAUGGUUUUACCACUCAAGACCACUCACAUCUUAUCAUGUAUUUUACCUUCUGAAGUCUGAAAACAACUUCUAGACCAGGAAACUCUGUCUAGCUCUCCAUAUCCUCUUGGGUUUACAUCAGCAGAGCGCUGUCAAACAGUCAGCACCGCACUGAUGGUAAUGUCUUUAACACGUGACGCAUUUCUGCGGUUGACUGGCAGUAAAGCAGCCAGCACCUCUCCUCACCUUGUCUCAGGCUUGGCUGGCGUCUGGCUGUUGCUGUUGCCGUUGCUGUGUGAGGGAAGUAGAGAGGCCCUCGUCGCAGCUUGAGUAACGACCUGCUCCAGACAAACACUUCCAGGACUUUUAACUAUAUCAGCUGACAGGGGCAGCAGCUCAGACUGGUCUAGCCCAGGUCACACAGGCUUUGCAGAGGGCUCCAUCCGAGUCUUAGCUCUCAGGCCCUCCUUGCCAACACAAACACCUCCAUCUCUGCACCAGCUGAGAAAAUACCACUGAUUAAAGGAGAGCGAUUGAUUUUCUAUAAGCAAUAAUGUAUGGGAACACAGAUGUUUCCUCAAUUCCUCCUUGAUUACAGCGAGGCCUCCAUCCGAUGAAUUCUCUGCAGCUUAUUUUAAUUUCACACAUAGACACGAAUCUGACGGUGAUGUGUCGGACUUCCUUCAUUUUAACACCGUCUCUCCAGCAAACUAAAUUAAAGCCUCAGUUUGAAAUGGAUACUGAAUUUGUUGGCAGCUGCUGAGCUCAUGUCCAGUCUGGUUCUUCUCACACUCUCAAAUCUUGGUCUCGACUGUCCAUCCGUAAAAUAAAGUUCAGAGGACAGCUGUUGGAUCCAGCUGCUCUUGUGUGUGUAAAUACAUCCCAAACACCUGGCCUGAUCACAUCUAGAAUAUUCCCUCAGAACAGUGUUGAAACAGGAAUGCGGUCUGUGCUCAUGGGGUUCACAAAGACCGGGGUCAAGGUCAGUCGGGAUGAUUUCUGUUACACACUCAAUAAAACAGUGCUGCUUGUUCUGUUCUGUAGCAGAGCUGGUGGAGCUACAUACAUGCCAUUAAAUCUCUCAUACUGUGCUAAAAGGUCACAUGUUUAUGGCGAGUUCUUGUAUAGGAGACUAGGAGACGCCCUGCUGUCUGCAGGUCAGCAUUUCUCUCACUGUGCUGGAAUUCUCCAACUAUGACAAGCUGCAGUUCAGUCAGUGGUGGGAUGUGACGACCCUAAUCCUAAUCUUGGUUGCCAAGCAGCUCUGCUCAGUGUGUGUCUGCGUACAUUUGUGUAUGUUUUAGCACCAGUCGUCUGAGAGGCUGGGUGUGUGUGCAGACUGUUUACUGGAACAGGCUUUAUAUAGUCAGUGCGUGUGUGCCUGUUUGUCCCUCAUCAACUUACUCCUCUACUUGUUUGGUGCUGUUUGUAUGCCACAUGAGUGGGUAAUUGAAUUCAAACAGAUGUUGGCAUAUUUGGUCACUGUGAUUGAGAUAUUUUUACUCUAGAGGUCCGGGGGGAGUCUGGUAGAACAGGCUGUGUCGAUGUUUAUGGUCUGGGUACAGGAGACCCUCUUCCAGACAAGCUGGCCUCUGAGUCGGUGGAACAAACCCUUAAAAGGAUCUUUUAAACCACAUCAGUUGUGUGUGAAUUGCUGAAAGGAUGAUUUUGCAUUUCAGGUCUUGUAAUUAUUAUUUUACACUUGCCUGUUUGUGUACAGUAGAUGACACGUCACACAAUGCUGUGCCACUCUGUAACCAUUGGUAGUGUCAAACCACAAUUAUAGUGGGUAUAAUUGGAAGUUUUUUUUUUCCCUAUUUAUAGGCUCCCUCUACUGGUAAGAAUUUGAAACUGCCUGUAUGAACAUUAUUUCAUACCGUGCUUUACUAAAUGUUGAAGUUACCUUUCUAUGUUACUCCAUCUUUUAUGUGAAACCCUGUCUCUUCUGUUUUUCUAGGACUACUUGGCUCACAUUAUUGAUAUGAACAACCUUCCCAUCCGGCCGGAGCAAGUGUGCGCGCUGUUUGGAAACAUAGAGGACAUUUAUGAGUUCAACAGGUAAUCCACACCGACACAAACACAGAGAAACAAAAUUUCUGUGGUGGAUGUUCCCUAUCAAAUCCUUCUCUUCUUUCUUUAUGACGAAGGUAAGAACAACAGGAUCUUUAUUGAUGAGACACAGGAAAAGAAGCUGCUUUCGGGCAUACUUUCUGGAUGGUUUCAUGUUGUUUUAAAUGUGUAAUACAUACUCCAUAACAUAGUAAUACAAUAAUCAGGGAUGUGAAGAAUGCAUGACUGAUUUUCAGCUGAUAUUUCCGUUACCAUCACUUAACAGAUACAUUGAGAAACAAAGGAAUGGCCCACUACCAGUGCCCACAUUUCAGUAAAGUCAAAACCGGGGAAAUGUUGGCGAUGCCGGCUUGAAGAUUUCAUCGUCUUUUGUCAGCAAGUGCUCAUUGUUGACCACACUACCUGCCAAAACACACAUUAGCAUUCCUCUCUCACAGCCAGACGACUCCCUCAUCAUGCCAAGGCUAUCAUACAGCUCUGAACCACAAAUGGAGAGGAUUGGAUUCUGAUUAAGUACUAAUGCACUUCAAAACUGCUUUAUGAGGGAGAUUUUGACAGCUUUUGGAAUUUAAGUCUCUUUUCUGAGGGAUUAUCCUUUUGUUCUUGGCACCGGGGAGCUGUGUCUCUUUAUUGAGUUGUCAAGAAAGAGAUUGAUCCUUUCGUUUUAUUAAAGUGGUGUUAAUGGGUGGAAACGCUGGUCCUGUCAACAGGUGCCAUAUGUCUUACUUACAUUGCCUCAUAGUUGUUCUUUAAUUGCGGUGAACUGGGAAAGGGAAACAUGUUUGGAGCAAAAAAAAAAAAAAAAUCUUGUGAGGAAAUAAAACAACUCCCUGUAAUAAAUUGUUCGCCUCACAGGGAUCCCACAUAAAGAAUGACAAUUUACUGUACAUACCGUAACGUCCAACAUGUACUUAGUCACACUUUCUUAUUUUGCUGUAAAUCAAACUUAUUGCGGUCUCCAGGAUCUUGCGUCAUUCUCACUUAUUUAUUGUUCUGUAAAUGUAUUUUCUGUCAUUAUUUAGCUCCACUGAUUGUUCUUUGGUUUCAUUUAACCCCUCUCUAAACUCGAAUACUGUUGAGAAAGCAAUCAUACAGUAUGAACAAAUAUUGACGUAUCUGAAACAAAUUCCAGUGUCUAAAUUUUCUCGUUGUACCUUGAACGUGUUGACACAUUUCCUGGCACUGGCUCUCAGUUGAGCUAACGUCGUGUUUGAUCUGAGUGGAGGAAUGCUGUGUGAGAAAUUGUGUUUGCUAUUUUUAGGUGUUUUGCAGAGUGCUUGUGAUGGUCGGUGAUGUUUUUUCUCAGAGAUGUACUUUUUUCACCGUGACCCUCCCUUAACGUCUCUGCCUUCAUGCACUAUUUAUGGAGGUGAUGUCACAUAGUUUAAAGCACUAAAAUUCCUUACGAUCCCCAGGUUGUGCUUUCACAAGCUUGUUUUCAAAAGGACUUUAGGCAGAGAGAAUGCAAGUUUAAUGCAUGUCCUUUCAUGCUGAGAGCAUGCAACAGUGGCCUCUCCUAAGAAUGUCUGCUGCCCCCAAGUGGCUGCAUUGAGUACGAAUCCGUUCUGAUCUGCAGAAAAACUUUUUAUUUUGAUUGGUCUGAGUUUAUAGCCUCUCAUCAUUAAGCUUUUCUGUUUCUUCCUCUUUUGAAAAACAAAAAAACAAAACCGUGAUUGAGUUUUGUUUCUCAUUUCUGCUUUUCAGUGAGCUGCUUCAAUCUUUAGACAUGUGUGAGAACGAUCCUGUGGCCAUCGCUCGAUGUUUUGUAGAUAAGGUGAGAAACUGCCUGCGUGAUUCAGAUUUGCAGAGAUAUCAAAAUCAUGCAGGAAAUCAAUGCCAGUGAUGUGUCUCUGACUUGUGUCUCCUCAGAGUGAAUACUUUGAAAUAUACACUCAGUACUGCACCAACUAUCCCAAGUAAGAAUCCACAAAAUAUUUUGCUUUCAAAUCUAUCAAAUAUAAUAUAUUAGAGUCUCAUAUAACCUUCGUAAAAUAACUGUUAUGUGUUCCAGCUCUGUGGCAGCACUGACCGACUGCAUGAGGAGCAAAACUCUGGCCAAGUUUUUUAGGGAUCGGCAGGCUGCUCUGAAGCGCUCCCUGCCUCUGGGCUCCUAUUUGCUGAAGCCUGUCCAGAGGAUCCUGAAAUACCACCUGCUGCUACAGGUACAGGGUGUGCUCAGUGGUCACUUAAUUUAUGAGUAUAUCCUACUGGCAUUGGCUGUGUAAUGGUUUUGUCCUUUUAUAGCUCAGAUGAGUACUUCAUCAAAUGUAUUAAAUCCGACUGCUGAACAGUUCAACCAGAAAGUCAUUUUCUCUCAUUUUAAAUUAAUGCUUCAAUCAUUUUUUUACACAGUAAAGGGAACAAAAUCAGAUAAUCAGCAGAAAGAGGAUUUGGAUACACAUGUUUUUGUUUAUGGAAACCAGUCCUGUGUAGAUGAUGAUGAUGAUGAACAUUGUCAUGUAAAGCCUGUGAUCUCUUUUAAAGGAAAUUGCAAAGCACUUUGACCCAGAUGAGGAGGGCUGUGAGGUUAUUCAGGAGGCCAUAGACACCAUGACAGGGGUGGCCUGGUACAUCAAUGAUAUGAAGAGGAAACACGAACAUGCUGUCAGAGUGCAGGUCAGCCCGGAUUACGAUGUAUGCAUUUCUAUCUCCUUUUGGAGAGGCUCAUUUAUGUCCUCUUCAUUCUCUGCUUAAUCACAGCACAUAUUCGUUAAAUGGUAAUUAUACACUGAGCAGCACUGUUACACUUUGGUUUUUAUGCUAAUCCUCUGUCCAGUCUUUCUGUCUGUUGUCAUUUUGUCAUUAGAUAUUUCCUACUUUUACUUUUUCAACAAGACUUUUUUUCAAAACUUCAAACUCCUUCAUAGUUAUUUAAAUUCCCAAGUUUCUAAAAUUUUCCGAGCUAAUAUUUUCCAAAUCAUAUCUAUCAACAUUAAAAAAAACUGCCAUUGAUCCAAACAAGUUUCUCUCAAGUCCUGAGUGACUAAGUGAAGACCACUGAUUUUUACUGGUUCCCUCAGUUUGAGGCACUGACUGUGUGGCCAGUUCCACCUCUUGGUUUUCCUUUAAACGAGUGGCUCAUCAUGAUCACAAAUAAAAGCUGACACUUGGCUGACAUUUCUUUUCACUCAAGCUGAAAAAACAUGGACUGGACUGUGUGCGCAUGUGGGGGAGUAAUGUGCUGUCAUGUGCAUCCGCAGGAGAUUCAGUCUCUUCUGAUAAACUGGAAGGGUGCUGACCUGACCACCUAUGGAGAGCUGGUACUGGAGGGCACCUUUCACGUGCUACGGGCAAAGAACACCCGUACGCUCUUCCUCUUUGAAAAGAUGCUCCUCAUCACCAAGAAAAGAGGGGAACACUACGUCUAUAAAACUCACAUCUCUGUAUGUUUGUUUAUCCAUCAAUGAUUUAAUGGUUUUCCAAUGAUACUCGCAGAAAACAGUCAACAGUGAAAGAUACUCCUCACUGUUUAUCUAAAAUGUUCUUGUUGUUUUUCCAGUGCUCUACUCUAAUGCUGUUGGACAGCGCGAAGGAUCCCCUGCUCUUCAGUGUCAUCCACUUCAAGCAUCCUAAGCAACCCCAUACAGUGCAGGUAAAUGUGAACAUCAGUAAGUGUGGUUCUUUCUCCAUCUGCUGCACAGAAUACAGUGAUUUAUCUAUUCAAGUACAUGAAGAAAACAAAGGAUAUUGGGUUUUUGGUAACACUUUACUUGACGCCUAUCUCUAUAACACAUUAUGAAUAUACAUAUAAUGCGUUAAAAUCACAUUAUAGCACUGUAUAACUGUAGUUAUAAACACUCAUAAAUGAUCAUAAUGCUUUAUAACAAUAAUCAACACAUUAUUAAGCAUUUUAUCAUGACUUACAAGAUCAGGUAUAAUAAUGUGUUAUAACUGUUAACAACUCACUGACAAUGCCCAAUAGAUAAUGCAUUAUAUAUAUUUAUGAUGUGUUUAAAUUUGCUUAUAAACUUGUAUAACUAUCAUUAUUAACACUCAUUAAUUGCCAUAAGGCUCUAUAACAAUAAGCAUAACACAUUAUAAUACCUGAUCUUUUAAGUCAUGAUUAAAUGCUUUAUAAUGUAUUAUGAUUAUUGCUUUAAAGCAUUACGAUCAUUUAUGAGUGUUUAUAACUAUAGUUAUACAGUGCUAUAAUGUGAUCCUAACACAUGGGCGUCAAAUAAAGUGUUACAGGGUUUUUUUCACUCUUUCUUAUUAUCUUUAGGAUAAAUACAAUCCUAAUUUGUUCACAGCCAACUGUGAAUGUAGUUUUCCACUCGUAUUAAUCCGCUGUUUAUUAUACUCGACGACCCUUUGAACGAUGACCUCUUGCUGUUUCAGGCUAAGUCAGUGGAGGAGAAGCGUAUCUGGGGCCAUCACAUUAAAAGACUCAUACUUGAGAACCACAACGCCAUUGUCCCACAGAAGGUAAACAAGGCAAUUGAAAAGGUUCAUCUUAUCAACGUUUGUCUCUCUUAGAUCCUGUGGAACAGUGUCACGGUCUUUGAAACACACUGUCUUUUUCUUAACAGGCAAAAGAAGCCAUCCUGGACACUUCUAACUGUGAGUGUCGUGAACUGAGUAACUCUUAUGAUCGGACUUAUUCAUCUGUGCCUAUAGCAACCAAAGAUACUGACAACAAAAAUAAGGGGGUGUUUUUUUAGCAGAAAUUGUAGAUUGCUGUUUGAUUCUUAGAAUUGGUAGCCUAUAACCUCUCUUUGUAUGUCUGUAGAGAAAAUUGUUUUUUUGUAAUUGCUGCUUUGAGUCUAAUGACACAUCCGCCUGUCGCUCAGAUCCAGGGAUGUACCACUACAGCCCUGAGAGGCUGAAGAAAGCUGAGUACUGCCGAGCUGAUGACUUCCAUCAAGGAGGGCGAAACGGAAGAAGGAGAUCAGGUUACAGACCCCUUACUGUGUUUGUUACAGAUUUAGAGUUGUCAUAUUUGUGAAAUAAUAGCUGUUCUAAUGAUAAAUGGAGAGUUACAUCAGCAGGUUACAUAAUUUUCAAUAUCCUGUCUUUUCAGAGCCAGCAAAACAAAUCAUAAGGACCACAAAAGGUUGGUACAUUGUCUAUUUUGUGUUAUAUCAGUGGAAUUUCAGUCAAAUGUAGCCAGCCAGAAGGACACAUUCAUCAUUUUGGGUGGGUUUGAUCCACUUUGUGGAUUGCUAUCCAGUGGCCCUGCACCCCCACAGUCCCCCCGCUGAGGUUAUUUUUGUGCCUGUUUACAUCUUCAUCGCACCUCUGCUUUGUUCUCCCUCAGAGACACCUGGACAAACAGAUCAAAAGACACUCCCACUCCCACUCCCACUCCACUAGCCUCACAAGUAAAUAAUUUGCCUCAGUGGUUGAAGGCUUUGUCACACACAAUCUUAUCAGCAGUCAAAUUCUGCCCCACCCCCAGAUCUGCUCAACUUCCUGCUCAUCUUCAGUUUAAUUGACCAUUAUCACAGAGAAAACAUCCCUACUCUGUUCCCCGCCUCUCCUCUGCUCUCUGUCUCGAUCAAUAUUUCCAACCAGUGCAAUGAAGAUGCUAUUUUCAUGUCAGCCUCCCCAUCUCAGUGAGGGUGGAGGUCAUCACAUCCUGGCUAAUUGCAUCCCGUUGAGUUUGAGCCUCUGAGAGGAAGAUGUUUCAGAUUGGUAUUUAUUGAAUUGAACGGUCUCCCUUGAGUCUGACGCAGAGUAACCGCUGCCUCACUCAGUCUCUCCCUGUGAAGACUGAGUCCUGACCAUAAUUGAACAGAUGCAUGUGCUCUUCAGGUCAUUUUGUCAUAAUGUUUAACUAAGGCAACUACUUUUAUGGUUAUUGACAUUCUCAUUUGUUUUUCUCUCCCCUUCCUUUUUAUCUUUGUUCUCCGUGCAGCUGUUUUGAAGGUAAGUCCAAAAGCAGUGUUUUUUUCUUUUUAUUCAACCGUGAUAAGCUUUUCCAUUUUGUUUUAUCAAAACAGUUUUUAAGUAGAGUGUGCAGUGGUGAGAUAUGGUUUUUAAACUUUUGACUCAGCAGUACAAACUUCUUUUCUAUUUUGUAAAAAAAAAAAAAACCUUAAAGUACAAACCUAAUCUUCUCAGAACAUACUCUGGCUUGCUUUGGAUUACAAAAUUCAUAUCUCACCCAAAGCUACAGCAGCUUUAUGAUGAUUCCAUCCCAUUUACAGCCUUACAGUCACAUCUUGGCUCUAGCACUGGCCUUGCAAUAACAAACCACAUGUCUAUGACUUCACGCUACAGCAUGCAGACAGUGAGGGUGCACUGCUGGGGGAGAGGUGCUCCCUUCAGCCAGCCACUAGUGUCAGUACCCUGACCUCCAGCUUAGGCCUGCCCCAGACUGAGAGCCCAUGUGAGGAGGACCUAAUUCCCAGAAGGGGCUCUCUGGAGCAGCUAAGUCUCACUGACAGUGAACCUCAACUGGGCUCUUCACCCAGUAAGGGGGAACUUGAGCAGGAGAGGGCAAAGGAGGCAAAUGAAGAAGAGGAGGAGGAAGAGGGGCAGAGUUACAAGGAGGAUAUACUGAUGGGAGACGACCAGGUAGCCGACUUUGCCAGCUCAGUGCUGGCAGCCAUCUCCUGCUGGCACUAUAGAGCCAGGGCUUUGCUUUCUACUCACUUCACAACGGUGAGGGUUCUACCACCCACGGGUUUCCCAUUUCCCGCUCUGUUUGGUAGCUUACCAUCACUCUGUGCCACUCCUUCUCCCAUGCUGCCUCUUGCCCCUCCCCUUCCUCUUUUUCGGCAUGAACAGAGCAAAGUAACACCUGCUACCAUUUGCGUUGUGCACGUCGAAUACCUCAUUUUGAGUCAUAAUAAUGAAGUGCAUGGACUGUAGUUCUCCCAAACUGUGGAUAUAAACAUACUCAUCUUCACCAUCUUUGCUGCAUGUUUGUGCCUGUAUCCUUUUGUCUUGGAGUUGAAAGUCCUCCCUGUGUGCAUGCACUGUUCUCCUCUGAUCCAAUCAGUCAAGCACUGUUUUUCAUAUUUAUGCUGUCUUUCUGUUUUUUGGCGGGGGGGUUGAUGUCAAAGCUUAUGCUUCAGCAGUCCUGUCUGCAUUUGCAAUUGCCUCUUUUAAAUUUAAUUCGACUUCAAAGGUUAAUGUAGCUAUUUAGCUGGAUUAUCAUAAUAAUGGCAAGAGCUUUGCUCUUUCAUAACUGUAUUUCAUGAUCCUGUUUGUCCUUUGAUUUUUUCAUAAUGAGAAAGUCUUUGUCACAGUUAAUUGUUGCACUAAUAAUGUUUUGAAUUGAAUAACCACAAUUAUGACCACACAUUAAGUCUCUGAGCAGUUAUUGUUUGCUUAAGGGGUUGUAGUUUUUCUUUACGCUGCCUCCAAAUGUAAUCUUAAGGAUGUUUUUUUUUUUUUUUCUCCAUAAAACCUCUUCAUUUAUUGGCAUGUUUUGCUCGUUUUCCUAGGAUGAUCAGAGAAAGGAGCAGAGUGAACAGAAAUCUGCAGAGAAAGAGGAGAUAGAAACACACAGGAGGGAGGAAAACCACGUAGACAUGGCUGUGAAAGAAACUCUUGAUACACAGGUACACAAAAGCCUUGUAUAGUAUCAUACAUUUAUUUAUUUCAUUUAUUCAAUACCACACAGGUCUCUCAGGCCGCAUGUGACAUUUAUUUCCUUUGUUGAAAAACACCCAGCUUUUCUGGUGCCUUUGGUGUUGCUCAUAAUGCCUGUUUUCAAGUAGCCAUUGCAUAUUUCAAUAACACACUUACAGCCUGUUUUUUAUUGUAUAUUCUGUCAGAGAAUGAGAGAAAAGCACAUGAGACUUUCAAGUGGGUUUCAUAAUGAAUAGGUUUGCCCUUUGUUGUGCACAUGACAUUUCUCAAAGGCUCAUUUGAAUCAUGCCCAGAACUAUAUUAGUGCCCAAAAUGUAAACCCACUCACAGUUAUCCUUUGGACAGCGCUCCUACUGAAAGACCAACUGGUGCAGUCUUUACCUGAUUCUACUGGUGACUUUGCAGACUGGCCUCAGAGCAGAGUGCAGGGUGUUAUCCCCCCUCCCCAGCCUUAUCUCCACCACACAGCUCCAGGCUGCUCUUUUUUACAAUUUCAGGCACUCAAGAAAGAGCAAGCAACACCUGCAGAGAAACUUCUCAGCAGUUUGGAAAACUGUCUAAGCAGCAAACAUGCAGGGUUCAGCGGUUAACUCACAACCAGUCCAACAAGGAUUUAACCACUAAGCUAUCCCAGUGUUAGCGAUGAUUUUGUGGGUGGCAGUAGCUCAAGAGGUAGAGCGGUCAUCCAAUAACCAGAAAGUUGGUGGUUCGAUUCCCCCUAUCCCUAGUCUGUCUGUUGUGUCCUUAGACAAGACACUUAACCUGCCUUACUCCCGGUGUGUGUCCUCCACUGGUGUAUGAUUGUGAGUGUUGUGUGGUGGUGGUCGGAGAGGCUGUAGGCGCAAACUGGCAGCCAUGUUUCCGUCAGUCUACCCGAGGGCAGCUGUGACUAAUAAGGUAGUUUACCACCACCAAGGUGUGACUGUGUGAGUGAAUGAAUGAUGUAUCCAAUGUAACGCGCUUUAAGGGUCUCUGAUAAACACUGUAUGAAAUCUGAUGCAUUAUUAUUAUUUUAUUUAACAUCUCAUUAGAGUUAUAAAGCUCAGGUGGGCCUCAAAUUAAAGAGGUGUCAUAAUUCUUGUUACACUGCUUGAUGGACUCAGAACAGGGCUUUUUUAUUUCUGAUCAGUUAAAUGUGUUUGUCAUCUCAACGUCUUUUUACCAAUAUUGUCUCUGUUCUGUUUCAGGUCAGUAUGGCGGAGCUGCACCCCCUGAACCGUGUCUUACAAGCAAAGGAGGGCAAUCACAUGGAGGUGCAGCAGAACCCGUGCCCCGAAUCUCCUGUCUCUCCUCCACAACAAGAACCAGUCACCCCAGAAUCUCAGGACACCUCAAGAGAAAGUAUAGAGGAGGAAGAAGAAGAGAGUGAUUCUUCUGGUCUCAUUGUUGAGGAGACAAGUGUGCUCACGAACGGGGAGCUCUCAGAGGAGGAAGAGGAAGUGCUUUCAGACAAUAAAAGUAUUCUACCUUCUUCUGUAUUGGACCAGGCAGGUGUGAUAGCUGGACACUUCAUCGGCAGCCUAUCCAGACGGAGCAGUCUAGUUUCAGAGGACCUAGGUCCCCUCGCCUGCCCUUCACCUUCAAUAGAGAAUGAUGUCUUUAAAAGCCCCUCAGCUUGCAUGGACUUUGAGAAACAGACCCAGAUGUUUGCCAGCUCUUCCUCAGAACCAGGGAAGAUCUCAGAGGUUGACCAGUCCACACCUGUACAAGAACCUGUUGUGAAUGCCCUCACUGAACAGGAGCGCAGGUCCACUCUGUCCAAGCAAGACCGCCUCCUCAUCCGCAAGAUCCGGACAUACUACGAGCACGCCGAGCACCAAGAUGCUAACUUUAGCAUCAAGCGCAGGGAGAGUCUGUCCUACAUCCCCGCAGGUCUGGUUCGGCACCUGAGCAGACAGCUCAACAGUACUCCUCAGGAGCAGGCUGUCCCAGUCCACAGGAGAGACCUGUCUCGGAACCGUCCCACCUCCUGGUCUGUGUUUGAUCUCCCUGGCUUAGAAAAGAGUAAAAAUGUGGAGAGUCAUCAAAAGAAUGAAUUACAGGAACCACUGGAAGCUAAGCCAAGAUCUCAGGGUAUCACAAACUCCUCCACCACAGAAGGAGAAGAGUUCAGACCCUCAGCAGAAAUGGUGAAGGUUUGGCAAGAUAUGGAGACAGAGGAGGAGGUCCAAGAAGUCCAGAAGACUACAGAUGAGGAACUUAAUGACUCGAGGUUAGAGACAAUCCAGGAUAACAGCUCAGACACUCUAGAUGUUAAAACCAGUAAGAAACCACUUCAGGUUUUAAAGGAGCCUGAAAUAAGCUCCUCCCCAGACUGCUCCUUUGACUCAUCUGCUAUCAGAACUAAUCCAGCAGUGGAGGGGGGAUCUUGUCAGGACUCUAAAACCCCAACUGAAGAAAGGAGCCAAUCCAACCAAGGACACCUACCCAAGAUUAUUAGCUUCAGAGGCAGUAUGGAAGAAGACCAGAUCCUACAAGACAUGGGGAAGGUGAAAAAUAAGGUGUUUCAGCUCGCUCGUCAGUACAGUCAGCGCAUAAAGAAUAACAGACCUAUGAUCUGGCAGAGGAACCGAGAACAACAACAACAACAACAACAGGGGUUAAAGAGCACACCUGCUGCCAACGAGGAGAAGGUGCAAUCAAGGAAAAAGGGUAAAUAGGAUGCAAAUAAGUGCCAUAUUGCUCGCUAAUGUAGCACAGCAUAAACUCAACUGUGCUUUUUUGUUUGUGUGUGUCCUGUGUUUGCAGGUAAGCCCAGCAUGAGGUUGUCAUUAAACACCUGUGAUCAGGCGGUCAUCCAUGAAGAACGGUCUCCAAGUCCAGUCAAGAAUCCCAGCUCUGGAGCCGGCUCACAGAGCACAGCCACUGGCCCACAGAGCCCACAGUCAGACACCUUCCACUGGCCUGACGUUCAGGAGCUGCGCACUAAAUACACAGAGACCCCCCGCUCCAAAGUGACCCGCAGCUGCACCUUCCCAAACGGAAUGCUGGAGUUCUGCACAAAUAGGAGUUACAGCAGCUCACUCAAGUACAACAGCUCCUCAGACCUCCACAAAACCCUAGCAGACAGUACAAGGACACAGCCCAAGACUGUUAACAAGGAAGGGGGUCCUGUGGUAGAGGACUGGCCUCAGACUCAACAGAAGCUCCAACCCCUGCUGUGCAGGUGGAGCUCCUUGGACCACAUGUUACCUCUGCAUGAGGUUCAAAACUUUCAGGAACCUGUCAGGGACUGCCACACAAUCAGCCAAGUGUCCGUGAUAAGAGGAACCGAAACCUCCCUGAAUGAGGACUCGGACUGUUCCACAAAAGCAAAGAUAACAGAGAGUAACCUGGUGAAAAGCUUACGAGAGAAGUUCCAGAGUUUAAGUACAGGCAUGUGAAAACAUCAAACAUGUACCAUUUAUAUACAACAUUGUCCACCAGUUUUUACCAGCACGUUGUUUAGCACGAUAGGAAAGACACAGUGAUGUUUGUACCACUGUAACAUAAAGGGAUAUUAAUGAUCACUGUGGGAAAGCAUGAUUUCAUAAAUAAGGUGUAUUGCAAUAUUUGUACAUUGGGGUAUUUGACUGAACUGUAAAAAAAUAUAUAUAUGUAUGUAGUAGGCUGUAUAAACUAAAGAAUAGGCUCUUGGUAAUUAUACAAACCUGUUUGGUUCCCUCCCACAGUUCAUAAGUCGUGCCAUAAUCACUCUAAAACAAGAUUGUUAUUUAAGCAUUUACUGUAAGAAGGACUUUCAGGGAGGAGUAAGAGAAAGCGAGUCUGACUGACGACACCAAAGACGGUUUCCUUUUAAUAUUUGUUUACUUAUGAUGCAUGUGGGUCACAGCUGUAAUUUGCUUCCACGUACACUGUAGCUGCUUCUCAAACUGUUUUCACAUACUGUAUCACUGGAGCUUUAUUUUUUCUCAACAAGUUGUAUAUUUUCUUUAACAUUAUUUAUGAAACUGUAUAUUUGGGAGAAAUUAGCCUCAUGUAAAUACUGAUCAGAAGACGCUCUCUUUACUUUUUCAUUCCAGAAGAUCUAUAUGGUUUCAUACUUGAAGUUUCCCAUAUUUUCAAUAAAAGCUGAAAUAGUGAA